AUGUCUUCGCAAUAUCCAGUCCCAAAAUGGGCUUCCACGCCUUGUAUAAUGGGCAUCGAUGAAGCUGGUGGAGGCCCUAUUUUAGGUUUAGCUUCUUGCUCCUAUGAUUUUCUUUUAACUGUUGUUCAUCAUAUCUCUAUUUCGUUUACUUUUCUUCCAACUUGUGAUGUGUUGCCUUUAGACUCAAAAACUUUGAAAGAAGAGAAGAAGGAGGAAUUGUUUGAAGAUUUGAAGUCUAACGAGACAAUUGGAUGGGCUGUUAAUGUCAUAGAUCCUCGAGAACUUUCAUCUAAAAUGCUAAAUAAGUCAAUCUUCAGUGAGACGUUCCUUCUUGGGAAGAGUAUGGUGAAGAAGAUGGAGGCAAAAUUAUUAGCAGUGGAAGAGAAACUUACCUUCCUACAAGUAGGGAUGGAAAAUAGAAUGGAUCAACGAUUCGGGGAGAUGCAACAAGUUACCAAGAAUGUUAUGGUAGAUAAGAUCAAUGGGAGAGACAUUGGAGUAGAAAAUGAUUCGCGCAUUGGAGGUUUGGUCGAAGAAGUCGAAAACAAUCAAGGAGGACGAAUCGGGUUCAUUUGA